AUGGCUUCACUUCUCCGUGUUCUUGGCAGCCGAGCGGGAGUUUCGCUGAGGGUUCGAUCAGCUGCUCCUUACAGAUCGUUUACAAACACCACUAACCCAGCGGAGUCGUCAGAGGAGGAGCAGCUGCCUUUCGAGCAAGCGACAAUCGCAGACCUUCUGAGGGCUCGAGGAGCCGGCAAUGACGGCUCGUGGCUGUGGUGCACAACGGACGACACCGUGUUCGAUGCAGUGAAAUCGAUGACAAGCCACAACGUCGGUGCGCUUUUGGUGAUGAGGCCAGACACGAGCGGGACGAUUGCGGGAAUUGUUACUGAAAGAGAUUACCUCAGAAAAAUCAUCGUACAGGGUCGGUCCUCCAAGACCACGAAAGUUGGCGACAUCAUGACUGACGAGAAUAAGCUCAUCACUCUCACGCCUGAGACAAGGCUGCUCAAGGCUAUGGAGAUCAUGUCAGACAAAAGAAUUCGGCACAUUCCCGUGGUCGAGGGACAGAAGAUGAAGGGAAUGCUGAGCAUUGGUGACGUGGUUGCUGCUGUUGUGGAGGAGCAUCGGGAGGAGGUGAAGCGGUUGAGUGAAUAUAUCAAAGGUUCCUACUAA